AUGUCUAUCAGUCCAUUCGUGGGCACCCCUCUCGAUGACCUCCGACCUCUGGCCUACACGCUCAGGAAAACCGACUUUUUGUGCCAAGCCACGUCCCGCGACCUUCCCGAGUUCUACUCUUCACAGGACUAUGUUCGUCAAGGAAAUCGCAUCGAUGCACUCAAUAUCAGCAAGAUGUACCUUGAGCUUGAUCAAGUCGAGCUAUACGUUGUGGGUCCAACUCUAUCGGAGACCGAUCGCGAUGCGCGUCUCGCGGGAAUCAAAACGCAAAUGACUACCAUCCAACGCCGCUACCUUCGUCGCCUCAAUCAGACCACUACGUGUCCGUUCGAGCUCUUUGAGCACAUCAAGACUCGUUUCGUGUCCAACUCUAUGGACAACAACCCUACCGUGGUAGCCCGUUAUCUGCGCACUCUCAAGUUCACCGAUGAGAGUUGCAUUGACACUCUCUCCGUGGAAAUCAUUGACCUGGCCAAGCGCUACUCGCUACUGUGUGUCUAUGACUCCGCCGUCGUUCAAUCCUCUGGAUCCAUCGGCCAUCUCGUGGAAGUCGUGACCAACUCUGUGGCCACUGCGCGCGCCGCCAACCAUUCCGUCGUCGUCGCUGACGUUUGGGCCUCUGUUCGAUGUAUUAUUACUAACUGCUUCCAACGAGCGUCUGCUCUGGGUGACAACCGCUCUGCCGCCAUCAUUCAAACACGAACCCAACUCGCAGCCGUCACGCAUGCCGUUGCUGCCCCUGCACACACACCACACCCCAAGCAAUUACGCAAGCCGAUGGCUCAGUUCAUGUUAUGA